AUGGGCGGGGGAAACGAAAAGGACGAGGCGAAAACGAAGGAGGAAGAAAUUUUCAAGCUAAGGAAGCUGGCUGCGAUUUUCAAGAGUGAGUGUAAAAAGUUGAAGGAGGAGAAUGACGCGCUGAAGAGGAGCGGGAGCAUUCCCAAGGGGGGAGAGGAAACUACCACCCCGAAUGUGGUAGAACAGCUAAAGAAUGAGUGUGCCAAACGGAUGGCCGUAGAGAAGAGCUACAAAAAGUUGAAAAGCUUCACCCUGAUGCUGGAGGAAAAAAUGACCCAAAUGAAAAGUGAAAGUAAAAAAAGGUACACAGAAAUGGAAGAAAAACUGAAGUCCUGUCAGAACGAAUUGUCUGCAUCGCAAGGUGAAAGCGAGCAGUUAAGGAGGACGAUCCAGGAGAAAGAAAUAACCAUGGAAAAGCUAGUAAACAAAAUGGAACAAUUUAAAACGUACCUAAAGGAAAACAAAGGGAUGACAGACAUGGCAGAAAAUAGCAUCAACCAAGCAGUGGAAUAUAAAAUACAAAUAAAGAAGCUGAAGGAACAUCUGGAGGGGGUAAAAAAAACAGAGGAAAUUACAGCCAAGGAGAGACAACAGUACAGAAGCAUGAUCAUGCUCUGCUCCCAAUAUAAACAAAAGUGUAAACAACUGCCCCUUCUGGAAAAUAAAGUUGAAAUGUUAGAAAGAAAAAUAAAAGAAUUAGAAAUAUACAAAAGUAGAGAUAAAGAAAAAAUGGAAAAUAUCGCGGAGCUGAGAAAAAGUCUCAUAAAUGAACAGGUCGAAAAGGAGAAACUGAAUGAGCAACUAAACGAAUGGAUUAAUUUUGCCAAAUUGUACAUAGAUAAAAAUGCCAUCGAUGUGGAAAGUCUGAAGAGAUCCAUGCAGCAGAUUCAUGAAAAGUACACGAACGUUAGUUCCACCAAAACGGAUUUAGAACUGCAGUAUAGAAAGCUAGCUGCUGACAUGGAAAUGGUAAGACAAACGCUGGAAGAUAAAAUGUUAGAAGUUAAAAUAGUUACCAAUAAGAAUAGGCAGCUCGAGAAGAUGUACGAGUUUGCCAAGAGGGACUACAUGAGGGAGGUUGCCAAAAGGGGGGAAGCCUCCAGUGCGCCAUGCAAGGAGGAUAGUACAACUGAGGAGGACACCCAGAAGGGAAACACCACUUUGGAGAAAUCCCUCACGGAGUACAAAGCCAAGUACGACUUCUUCCUAUCGGACAACGAGCAGAAGGAGAAACUCAUAGAGGAGCUAACCGAACGAGUGAAGAAAUAUCAGAGAGACUUUGAGCAGGUGUCUCUGAAGCAAAAAAGCGCAGAGACCGCCUCAGAUGAGUUGCAACUCUACCAGAAGGAAAUACUAAUUCUAAAGGAAGAGAUACAGAAUUAUAAAAAAAAGAUUGUCACAUUAGAAGGAGACUUGAUGCAUGUGAAGAAUGAAUGGAAUGACGAUAAAGAAAAGUACGAAACAGUGGUGAACGAUUUAAGGGAGGCCGUUAGGAAAGCCCAAUUUGAGAACAAAAUCAGUGGCUCUGCAGGAAGUUCUUCUUCCAACCAGGGAGGAACUACCCCCGAGGGGAAGAAGCACCAUAAGGAAGAAGACAACGAUGCACAUAACACGCUGAGUGCACUAUACAACCAACUAGAUAACCACUCCUCUGUGGAUGAAAUCGAGUUGGUAACCCUACGGAAUGAAAACUUGUACCUAAAAUCUAAAAUAGAAGUGGUAAAAAUAUUUUAUGCAAACCAAAUUAAGAGCUAUAGGGAAGCCUUCCUCUAUAUUUUAGGGUGGGAUAUUCAAAUCGAGCAGAGUGACCAAGACAUCUUCUUCAUUCUCACCUCUUUAUUUUCGACCCACGAUGGGAAGUUCAUUUUUAUAAAAAGCAACGGGGGUAAGGACAAGCGCCCUCUUGCAUCGCACGUAGAGGAGGAGAGGCACGCCAAGCGGGUGAAGCGCCAUGAGGAAGCAGCUUCCUCCCUUGAAGGGGUUUCCCCACCAUCAAACGGAAAUCAGGGCACCCCAAAUGAUGGCGCUUCCCCAUAUGAAGGGCUAACCAGCGAGCGAGACGAGAUUGCUGCGCCCACCCCCCUGGACGUGUCCAAGGCCAAUUUCGAAAACACAAACGUGGCCCGCUCCUCCAUCGUGAAAGGCUGCAAGUACAAUUUGCUACUACAUGGCCAUUAUGGCCUCAAGUGGAACGACAACGAGGACUGGAAGAAUCACAUUAACAAAAUUAACACCUACCCUGUCCUCCUCUCCAUGUCCUGCAUAGAGGAGUUCAACAACAUCAAGGCGCAGUACAGCAACAGCAUGGGCAAGAAUUCCCAGGGCAUGCUCUUCAAGCUGUAA